ACCUGACUUUCCCUCUGCUGGUGAAAGUGUGGCAGAGAAACUCGAGCUUGUUUUUACUUGCCCUGGGUUUGGCUGCUUUCAGGCUUGGGAGGAAGAGGCAGCAACGGCAACAGAGAUGGCGCGGCUGGUCGCAGUUUGCAGAGACAGCGAGGAAGAAUUCCUUUUCGAGCGGCUGCAGAUCCCCCUCUACAUCGAUGACACCCUGACGAUGGUGAUGGAAUUUCCUGAUAACAUGCUAAGCCUCGAUGGACAUCAGCACAACGGAGCUCAGUUGAAGCAGUUCAUUCAGAGGCAUAGCAUGCUGAAGCAGCAAGAUUUGAACAUCGCCAUGAUGGUGACGUCACGUGAAGUCCUGAGCGCCCUUUCUCAGCUUGUCCCCUGUGUUGGCUGCCGCCGUAGCGUGGAGCGCCUCUUCUCUCAGCUGGUGGAGUCCGGCAACCCCGCCCUCGAGCCCCUCACGGUCGGGUCAAAGGGAAUCCUUUCUGUCACUCCGAGCUGCAUGAGGGAUGCAAAGAAGCUUUACACGCUUUUCUAUGUGCAUGGGUCCAAAUUAAAUGAAAUGAUUGAUGCAAUUCCGAAAAGUAAGAAGAACAAGCGGUGCCAAUUGCAUUCGUUGGACACACACAAACCGAAACCCUUGGGAGGCUGCUGGAUGGAUAUAUGGGAACUCAUGUCCCAGGAAUGUCGAGAUGAAGUCGUCUUAAUCGAUUCUAACUGUCUGUUAGAAACACUAGAAACUUACCUGCGGAAGCACAGGUUUUGCACCGACUGCAAAAACAAAGUCUUGCGGGCUUACACCAUCCUGAUCGGCGAGCUGGACUGCAGCAAGGAGAAAGGUUAUUGUGCCACCCUUUACGAGGGCCUGCGCUGCUGCCCCCACGAGCACCACAUUCAUGUCUGCUGCGAGACCGACUUCAUCGCCCACCUCCUCGGCCGAGCCGAACCCGAGUUCGCAGGAGGGUACGAGAGACGAGAAAGACACGCGAAGACAAUAGACAUUGCCCAAGAAGAGGUUCUCACCUGCUUGGGCAUCCACCUUUAUGAACGGCUGCACCGCAUCUGGCAGAAGCUGCGGGCCGAGGAACAGACGUGGCAGAUGCUUUUCUAUCUGGGAGUCGAUGCUUUGCGCAAAAGCUUUGAGAUGGCAGUGGAGCGGGUGCAAGGCAUCAGCCGGCUGGAGCAGCUGUGUGAAGAGUUUUCCGAAGAGGAGAGGGUGCGGGAACUCAAGCAGGAGAAGAAGCGCCAGAAACGGAAGAAUCGGAGGAAAAAUAAAUGCGUCUGCGAGAUCCCUGCUCCUUUGCAAGUGAUGGAGGAGAAGGACAUGCGGAGCCAAGAAAAGGAAAAUUUCUUGGAAAGCGGCUGCACGGCCUGCGGCAACACGGAAGAGCGGAGCAGCUGCGUCGAGGUCAUUGUGACCAACGCAAAUGCUUCUUGCACUUGUCCCACUGGUGGCGCUUUACCGGGUUCACCUAAAAUAAAGAAAGGUUUAUCUGCUCACUGUAAUGGCAGCGAUUGUGGCUAUUCUUCCAGCAUGGAAGGCAGCGAAACUGGUUCACGGGAGGGUUCGGACAUCGCUUGCACCGAAGGGAUUUGCAACCACGAUGAAAAUGGGGAAGAUGCGUGCAUUCACCGUUGCGAAGACAAAGAAGAGGAUGGGGACAGUUGCGUGGAAUGCUGGGCGAAUUCGGAAGACGCUACCACGAAAGGCAAAAACAAGAAGAAGAAGAAGAAAAACAAGAAGUGCGAAGCUGAGCACAUCCAAAAGCUGAGCAGCUGCCUGGUGGAGACAAGUAACCGAGAGGGUCCAGGGACCGCCACGCACUCAGACUUCCACCGAGAGAAGACCAAAAACCCCCAUGCCGAAAUCUGUUGUCGCGCAGAAAAAGCUGGGCCGCCUACGGUACCUUGGCUGGAGCACAGGAAAACAGCCUUGUUGUGUGAGGAAUCUUCAGAGGCAGCUCCUGCUCCCGAAUCGGGGAAGGGCACGAAGAGCUUGGUGGAACUCCUGGAUGAGUCCGAAUGCACUUCCGAUGAAGAAAUAUUCAUCUCGCAAGAUGAGAUCCAGUCCUUCAUGGCCAACAACAAGUCCUUCUACAGCAAUAGAGAACGGUACCGACAGCAUCUGAAGGAGAAGUUCAACAGAUAUUGCCACUUGAACGAUCACAAGAGGCCCGUGUGCAGCGGUUGGUUGACAACAGCCGGAGCAAACUAAACCGAAUAAAAUUAGCUCUGUCUUUCAGUCAAACUGUCAAAAAUGACUACUGUGCGUUUUCUCUCUUCGGAAAACAGUCUCUCUAGCAACUAAACAAAAUCGUACUUUUUUU